GCCCGCCCCGUCCCGCCCCACCGAACUGGUUUCAUUUUCCCACCAGAGCUCCUCCUGCACUGCGGCAGCCCCAAACUGGGGGAGUGGGGUUGAAUGGCGAAUGCAGCCGGGCUGAGCGGAACAUCUAAGGGACCUGGCCAUGUGGAGUCGGAGAACUCGUAUGGCUUGCGCUGUCCGGAGCACGACGACCGCGUGGCCGAGCUCUUCUGUCGCCGCUGCCGGCGCUGCGUGUGCACGCUUUGCCCGGUGCUGGGCGCGCACCGGGGACAUCCCGUGGGCCUGGCGUUGGAAGAGGCGGUACACGUGCAGAAAUUCAUCCAAGAAUGUUUAAAGCAGCUGGCAGCCAAGAACCAGCAGCAAGUUGGCAACAGAAGGCAGAUAGAAGAUACUGCUGAGCAUCUCAAGGCUCAUGCAGAGUCAAGUAAAACCUGGCUGACGGAGAAAUUCAGUGAACUCAGAUUACUGCUUGAUGAAGAGGAAGUGAUGGCCAAGAAAUUCAUUGAUAAACACAUGCAGCUUACCCUCCAGGUGUACAGCGAGCAAAUCAAGUCUUGUGGGGAACAAAUCGACCUCUUGAACAGUCUCUCCAACAGAGUCUGGAGUAUCAGCCAGGAGCCCAGUCCUAUACAACUGCUACAGGAGUUCACAGCCACUGAGCGGGAGCUGAAGCAGCAGAUGAGCCGAGAGGAGCUAUGCCACCCUGUGCCCCAAUCAUUUGAGCCCGUCAAGAGCUUCUUCAAGGGCCUCGUGGAAGCCAUGCGGAGAAUGUUACAGAUGCCACUGGACGUUCGCCUGAAGGAAAACAUGAACUGCCAGCUCUCCAGCUCUUCCAGCACCAAGCUGGAUUUCUUGUUGAAAACAAGCUUCUCACCAGAGCGAUCACUCUUCUUAAAAUACGCGCGCACGCCCACUCUGGAUCCCGACACGAUGCACGUGCGUCUGCGCCUGUCGGCCGACCGCCUAACGGUGCGCUGUGCCCUGCUGGGCCGCCUGGGACCUACGCCUGCGCUGCGUUUCGAUGCGCUGUGGCAAGUGUUGGGCCGCGACUGCUUCGCCGCCGGCCGCCACUACUGGGAGGUGGACGUGCAGGAAGCGGGCGCCGGCUGGUGGGUGGGCGUGGCCUACGCCUCCCUGCGGCGUCACGGGGAGUCAGCCGCUGCUCGCCUGGGCUGCAACCGCCAGUCCUGGUGCCUCAAGCGCUAUGACCUCGAGUAUUGGGCCUUCCACGACUGUCAGCGCAGCCGUCUGCAGCCCCACCACGACCCCGACCGGCUGGGCAUCUUCCUAGAUUACGAGGCUGGUAUCCUCUCCUUCUACGACGUUUCGGGCAGCAUGAGACACCUGCACACUUUCCGCGCUGCCUUUCAGGAGCCGCUCUACCCGGCCCUGCGGCUCUGGGAAGGGGCCAUCAGCAUUCCCCGGCUGCCCUAGGGGCUGAGACCAAAGCGACUGCCCUAGGUCUCUAAGGCCCUGGUCUCACCCGACUCAGACGUGUCUGAGCACCCCCAUCGUCUACAAGCCAUGCCUUGUGCUUUAACUUCCUCUCCAGGCUAGUCUCAACCACACCCUAAAGACAGUUCCUCUGCUGCUGCUGCUGCUGCUGCUGCUGCUGCUGCUGCUCCUCUCAUCAGAUCUUCCCACCAGAGCGCUUGUACUACACUGCUUUUAGUCCAGGUUCCUGAAAAGACACAUCUGCAGGUGAGCCCUAAGCAUCCUGACAAGUUACAAUACAUUGUCCUUAACCUCAGACCGCCUCCCUCAUACAGCAUCCAGAACCCCCUCGCACAUAGUAGGUGCACAAUAAAUAUGUGAAUGAAUGAGAGUCACCCA